AUUAUUAUUUUUACUGUUAUUAUUAUCAAAGGUUGUAAAGACUGACAGACGGACAGACAGACAGACACAGACAAAAGAAAGAUAGAUAGAGGUGUGUGUCACUUUUGCCCGCAUACCCACUACUGUCUGAAGGGGAAAUCAUACGGAAGGCUGCCAAAAUGAGAAUAUAAACUUCAGGUUGACAAAAAAAUGAAAAUAAGCGUUGAUAUAAUACAGGAUCAUCACCUCUGGCAGGGAGCAGAAAAGGGUGUAUUAAGAUUUCAGUCAGUUAAAAGAAUUGUGAUUGCUUUCGUAAUAAAAACUUAUCCAACAAAUAAAGGUACUUGGUCUAUUCUUAUUCCGAAGGAUCGUAUAUUGAUUAACGGUUGUUAUAAAGUUAACUGCUCCAGGAAUUGAAGAUACACCAAGGAGUGGACGAGUUAACGAGGGGGCGAGAACGAGCGGUACAAGUCAUAAAUGAAUAAUAAUGAUAACAAAAACAACGAUAGUAUUUAAUCCAUGAAAUAAAACAAACAACACAUCAACACACACACACACACACACACACACAUUGUCAUCGAUCUCUCUCAGUGCGCAUACCUGUCCCAUCACCACGUGUGCAUUGUGUUUAGUGGUCACCUGCGAUAAUUAGGACAGCCACGCGCGCAGGGUCACGUGACGCACCUAUUACUGAGGGCGGCCGCGGGCACAGGAGGCGAGUGCUCUUCCUUGCCUUCAUUCCACUUUGUGACGCAUUCAGUGACUGUGCGUGAGCGUGGCGGGGUGCAGAGGUGCGUGAAGGAGUGUUGCACCACCUGUAGCAGCUUCAUAUUACUAAGAAUGCCGAACAACUCCGACAUGGUAAAAGGGGCAAGACGACUUGGUAAAAGGGGCAAGCAGUCUUCCUUCCUCUUCCUCUUCCGUUUUUGCCAAAUCAUCAUCCUCCUCUUCUUCCUCCUCCAAGACCUAAGGAGGAGGAGGAAAACAAGUCAAAGGAGGAAAGAAUUCGGGAACGGGUGGAGGUGCAGGGGUGUCAUCUGCUGCAGGUGAGAGAGAGAGAGAGAGAGAGAGAGAGAGAGAGAGAGAGAGAGAGAGAGAGAGAGAGAGAGAGAGAGAGAGCUUGCGUACAAAAAAAUUCUACUUCUACAACGGGUGGAGCAGGGACAUCUGGCAACACUGCAGCAUCCUCCUCCUCCUCCUCCUCCUCCUCCUCCUGCACCUCUUCCUUUGCCUCCAAAGUUCGAUUUGUGGGCCAACCCAGCUCGGAGGUAAGACAGUGCUAACCCAAGCCAAGCCAGUUAUUUCCUUAAGCCCUCAGUGGGAAAAAUAAUGAAAACAGAUGCUUGAAGUGAAGAGAUAAUUAGAGAAAAAUGGAAACAUAUUGAAAAGUGUUUAUAUUGAAGUAGAAAGAGGAAAAAAAUAGUUUUUGGGGGAAUAUAGAUGAAAAAUGUGAUUAAUUAAUUAUAAAGUACACAAGUUUUGGCCUUUGAGGGAAGAAGGAAAGGGAUUAAAAAAUUGUGGAGGAAAGAUAGAUAAGAAAUGUGUGAUUUUGUAAAAUAAUAAUAAUAAUAAUAAUAAUGCCUUUACUAUUACUUCGCAAGGAGUGAAAAUACUGGUUAACUCUUGCACUAGGGAGGUGGACAGAAUAGUGGUGAAGGACUGAGUAUACAGAUUAACUCUUGCACUAAUGGAUAGAUAUCACAAAGUCACUGUUUACUGGAAUAUUACUGAUAAAUCAACACUGUUUUCACCCACACAGCAUGUAAUGACGGUGCUGGAGCUCCCCGAGGAUCCUGACUACUCUGUAGAAAUCAUUGAUGCCUCAGUGAACGAGGUUGUUAACGUCGCUAAGCUGCUGCUAACGGCCACGGAUGAGGUGAGAUCUAUUGGUGCCUCCAUGAACGGGGUUGUUAACGUCGCUGAGCUGCUGCUAACGGCCACGGAUGAGGUACGGAAGCUGAUCCUUAACGAGUGCGACAUGGUCCUGCAGUGCAAGGUGUGCAAAAUUUUGUUUAGCUCGGUCGAUAAUUUCUUGACGCACAAACGAAUUUACUGCCAGGAAGAGUUUGCUGAUCGGACACUUUUUCACCGCGCAACACCCGCUUCGCAACACCCGAGACUCUUUCUGUACACCAGCGUUCCCAUCACGGCCCCAUAGGCUACCCCCAUCCCCACCCUAAUCACAACCUUCCAACAGGCAACACCCGCUUCGCAACACCCGAGACUCUUUCUGUACACCAGCGUUCCCAUCACGGCCCCAUGAGUUGGAUAUUCACCUGUCCCAUCCGCCAGGCCUCCUUUGUCACCACGUUGGCCGUGACUGAGCAGCUGGAGAAAUGUUAGUAUUUUUGCUUCUACUGCCGCUGAUGCUGCUGGGGUGGGCGUGCGGGUGCUAGUGGUGGUGUAGCGAGUGUUGUUGCUUCUGUUGGUGUUUGAAGGGUUGUGUAGAGAGGGUUGUAGUGAAGUUACAGUACUUUUUGUCAGGGUCUAAGAGUUACGAUUUUUCUACAACUGUUAUUGCUAUUAUUGUGUUUAACGCGUUAGUGGAAGUUACUUGGGGUUUCAACUUACGCGGUGAAGAAGUGUCCGAUCAGCAAACUCUUCCUGGCAGUAAAUUCGUUUGUGCAUCAAGAAAUUAUCGACCGUUUCAACUUACGCGGUGAAGAAGUGUCCGAUCAGCAAACUCUUCCUGGCAGUAAAUUCGUUUGUGCAUCAAGAAAUUAUCGACCGAACUGAACAAAAUUUUGCACACCUUGCACUGCAGGACCAUGUCGCACUCGUUAAAGAUCAGCUUCCGUACCUGUGGGGGCGUAGAGGUGAGGUCAGGUGAGGUGAUUUAAUUUGUAUAUUAUUCUUUUCUUAAUAUCUCUGUCUCUGUCUCUGUCUCUCACCUCAUCCGUGGCCGUUAGCAGCAGCUCAGCGACGUUAACAACCCCGUUCACGGAGGCACCAAUAGAUCUCACCUCAUCCGUGGCCGUUAGCAGCAGCUUAGCGACGUUAACAACCUCGUUCACUGAGGCAUCAAUAGAUUUCUUCAAGGAGUAAGCGACGUUAACAACCUCGUUCACUGAGGCAUCAAUAGAUUUCUUCAAGGAAGUAGUCAGGAUCCUCGGGUAGCUCCAGCACCGUCAUUACAUGCUGUGUGGGUGAAAACAGUGUUGAUUUAUCAGUAAUAUUCCAGUAAACAGUGACUUUUUUGUGAUAUCCAUCUAUUAGUGCAAGAGUUAAUCUGUAUUCUCAGUCCUUCACCACUAUUCUGUCCACCUCCCUAGUGCAAGAGUUAACCAGUAUUUUCACUCCUUGCUAAGUAAUAGUAAAGGCAUUAUUAUUAAAAUCACACAUUUCUUGUCUAUCUUUCCUUCACAAUUAAUUUUCUAAUCCCUUUCCUUCUUCCCUCAAAGGUCAGAACUUGUGUACUUUAUAAUUAAUCACAUUUUUCAUCUAUAUUUCCCCACAAACUAUUUUUUUCCUCUUUCUAAUUCAAUAUAAACACUUUUCAAUACGUUUCCAUUUUCCUCUAAUUAUCUCUUCACUUCAAGCAUCUGUUUUCAUUAUUUUUCCCACUGAGGGCUUAAGGAAAUAACUGGCUUGGGUUGGGUUAGCACCGUCUUGCCUCCGAGCUGGGUUGGCCCACAAAUCGAACUUUGGAGGAAGAGGUGCAGGAGGAGGAGGAGGAAGAGGAGGAUGCUGCAGUGUUGCCAGAUGUCCCUGCUACACCCGUUGUAGAAGUAGUAUUUUUUUUGUACGCAAGCUCUCUCUCUCUCUCUCUCUCACCUGCAGCAGAUGACACCCCUGCACCUCCACCCGUUCUCGAAUUCUUUCCUCCUUUGACUUGUUUUCCUCCUCCUCCUUUGGUCUUGGAGGAAGAGGAGGAUGAUUUGGCAAAAACGGAAGAGGAAGAGGAAGGAAGACUGCUUGACCCUUUUACCAAGUCGUCUUGCCCCUUUUACCAUGUCGGAGUUGUUCGGCAUUCUGGAAUAAUAGUAUUAGUACUACUGCUAGUACUACUAGUAGUACUAGUAGUAAACAAUUAAUACCUAAGCUAACUUAACCUAACCUGAUUUUCCUUGUCUCCUGCCCCCUCCCCCCAACACCACACACCCAGUCUUCCACCACAGGACACAUUCACCACAGCUCUACCACAUCACAAUUCUAACCACACAUCACCUCUAACUGCAAAUAAACUUAAGAGAAAUGUCAGAAAA